AUGGAUGGUGGUGGCAGAAAGAACUUUGGCCGGCGUGGUGGUGGUGCUUCCGGUGGACGUACCGGCGGCAGAGGUGGUAACUAUCAGGGUCAGGGUGGUGGAAGAGGGAGGGGUGGGGCCCCGCAGGGUCCUCAAUAUCAGACUCCGGUUCAGCAGCAUUGGGUCAACAGGCCGCCGUAUCAAGGUGGUGCUGGUGGCUCUCAAGUCAACCCAUCGCCGCCUCCGCGGGCGUGGGGCAACAGGCCGCCACAACAAGAUCAGGGCCAGGGAAGUGGUAGCGGAGGUCAAAGGCCAGCGCAACAGCCUCUGCAAGUCGGCGUGGGGCCUACUCCUCCGAGAGGAGCUUGGACUGCAAGACCCUGGGGCCCUCCUACCGACGCUUCAUCACCUGCUAAGCCCCAAACUCAGCUUCAGCCUCAACCUAAGCCUCAGGGGCUGCCUCAAUCAUCUGCCGUUGAUAUCCAAUCCUUGAAGAUUUCAGAAAGGCAGCAUAUAUCAUCUCAUUCAGAAAGUACUGAGAACAGAACCAUGCCUAUCAAAAGGCCUGAUCGUGGAGGGUCACUUGCCAUCAGGACCAUCCCUCUUCUUGUUAACCAUUUCCCUGUCAAUUUUAAUCCAGAUGCAACCAUAAUACACUAUGAUGUGGAUGUUAAGGCUGUGGCGUCCCCUGGGGAUCGGUUUGUGAAAAAGUCAGUAUCUAAAUCUGAUUUGCGUCUAAUUAGGGAAAAGCUAUUCUCUUCUGGUGAUAGUCGGUUUCCUUUGUUGAAGACUGCUUAUGAUGGUGAGAAGAACAUUUUCAGUGCAGUAACUCUUCCCACUGGAGAAUUUAAGGUGGAGUUGUCUGAUGGGGAAGAUUCUAAGAUUCGAUCUUACUUAUUUACCAUCAAAUUUGUGAAUGAAUUGAAGCUCUCCAAGCUGAAAGAUUACUUAAUGGGGAAUCUGUCCAAUAUUCCUCGAGAUAUAUUACAGGGAAUGGAUUUGGUAAUGAAGGAUAAUCCUUCGAGGAAUAGAAUCCCUGUUGGUCAAAGCUUUUACUCCCCUAAUUAUAGAGCGGGGGAUGAUCUCCAACAUGGACUUGCAGCAUAUAGAGGUUUCCAACAGAGCUUAAGGCCUACAUCCCAAGGUCUUACAUUGUGCUUAGACUACUCGGUAUUGGCAUUUCGUAAGCCAUUACCAGUACUAGAGUUUCUGAAAGAGCAUGUUCGAGGGUUCAAUGGAGUAAAUGAUGUCACAAAGUUGAGGCAACAAGUGAUCGGUGCAUUGAAAUUACUGAAAAGAUACCCCAAGGAACAAUUGGAAUAUUUGGACAGAAACGCAGGCUUGCUCUUGAAGAAAUUAUCAGUUCCUCUAUCACAUGAAAGAAAAAAUACAAUCUACGAAAUGGUUCAUGCCAAGGAUGGACCUUGUGGGGAUGUCAUGAAGAAUUUUGAAAUUGGAGUUGACAAGAACAUGACAAGGGUUACUGGUCGUGUCAUCGGUGCUCCUGAUCUGAAGCUUGGUUCUCCCAGUGUGGUGAAAGUGGAUAGGGAUAAAUGCCAGUGGAACCUUGUCGGAAAAUCUCUGGUGGAGGGAAAAUCAAUUGAACGUUGGGCUCUGAUUGAUUUCACCUAUCGUGAUAAAUUUGAGCUGCGUGCGGAGACAUUCGUCAGGAAUUUGAAGAACCGUUGCAGUAGUCUUGGAAUGUCUAUGGGUGAGCCUCUUUGGUAUCAUUCCACUGAUAUGAGAGAAUUUUCAUCUUCUAGCAGGAUCGAGGGACUUCUUAGCAGUGUUGUUAAGGAGGCUACAAAGGUAAAAAGUGGCAAGUUGCAAUUGAUUGUCUGUGUGAUGACAAAGAAAGAUCCUGGCUAUAAGUAUCUUAAAUUUGUGUCUGAAACAAAAAUUGGUGUUAUAACUCAGUGUUGCUUGUCCAUGAAUGCAAACAAAGGGCAAGACCAAUACUUGGCAAAUCUUUGUAUAAAGAUAAAUGCAAAACUUGGAGGAAGCAAUGUGGAGCUAAGUGGAAGGCUUCCUCAUUUUGAGGGUAAAGAGCAGGUUAUGUUCAUUGGGGCAGAUGUGAAUCACCCGGGGCGAAAGGACUCAUCUUGUCCAUCUAUAGCUGCAGUUGUGGGCACGGUUAAUUGGCCUGCUGCAAAUCGGUACGCUGCGAGAGUGUGUCCACAGGAGAGUGGCAAAGAGAAGAUUCUAAAUUUUGGGAUGAUGUGUUCAGAUCUGGUUAAUACUUUUGCUCAGAUCAACAGAGUCAGGCCGAGCAAAAUUGUGGUUUUCCGUGAUGGUGUUAGUGAGGGUCAAUUUGACAUGGUCCUCAAUGAGGAGUUGAUUGAUCUGAUGAGGGCAAUUUACAGUGAUGAUUACAGACCACCAAUAACACUAGUCGUUGCUCAAAAACGGCACCAUACUCGACUCUUUCCUGAAAAUGCUCGCGAUGGGGGUUCAUCUGGCAAUGUUCCUCCAGGAACUGUGGUGGAUACAACAAUUGUUCACCCUUUCGAUUUUGAUUUCUACCUGUGCAGCCACUAUGGAGGCCUUGGGACCAGCAAACCUACUCACUACUAUGUUCUCUGGGACGAGAAUGGCUUCAAUUCUGAUAGCCUGCAGAAACUCAUUCACCACAUGUGCUUCACUUUUGCACGUUGCACAAAACCAGUUUCACUUGUGCCGCCGGUUUAUUAUGCCGAUCUUGUUGCUUAUAGGGGGCGUCUGUUCCAGGAGGUUGCAAUGGAGUUACAGCCUCGUGCGUCGUCCUCUUCGUCGUCGUCAUCUGCUGCUGCUUCUUUUGACCAGGGUUUCUACACUCUGCACCCGGAACUGCAGAACAUAAUGUUCUUUGUCUGA